UCUUCACCAAUCUCCCCAUCUCUGCAAAUACAAGUUAAGAGAUGGGUAACAAUAUUAACAAUAACAACAAAAGAGCGCCCUCCGCCGUGUCUUUCCUCCUCCUCCUCCUCGUCCUCCUAUGCCAACAGUUUCUCGCGGCGGCGGCGGAGGCAAAAACCUACCUGCUGAGCUUCGGAGGUGAAAAACCAACUUCUUUUGAAACUCGCGCCGAGUGGUACGCCUCUCAACUUCAAUCCCUUUCUCCUCUAUCAAUUUCCACUGCGGAAGCAGCUAAAAGCAAGAUAUUGUACUCUUACAAUGUCGUGAAUGGGGCCGCCGUCUCCUUGGAAAAGGAGGAGGCGGACACCCUCAGAGGUUUGGACAACGUCCUCCUCAUCGAAGACCAUUUGUAUAGUCUGCAUACCAGCCGCACUCCUGAGUUUCUGGGGCUGGAUAAGCUCCAGAACAUCGGGUCGUCGAAAGGCUCGUCGCACGGUCACGACGAGCUUUUCAAACUUUCUCAGGACGUGAUCAUUGGCGUUCUGGACACCGGCAUCACGCCGAACUCCAAGAGCUUUAACGAAAACGAAAUGGGACCCGUUCCAGCAAAGUGGAAGGGCGGGUGCGACGAUAUCGUAAAGAAGAGUUGCAAUAAGAAGCUCAUCGGGGCCCGUUCCUUCGUAAAUGGGCAUAAGGGUAAUAAUGCCAACGAUGACUCGUCCGAUAGUCCGGUCGACGUUGAUGGUCACGGGACCCACACGGCCUCCACCGCGGCUGGCGCCGCGGUGCAGAACGCGAGCCUCUUCGGCUUGGCUAGUGGGACCGCUAGAGGCAUGGCCCCGGGUGCCCGCAUCGCGGCCUACAAGGUGUGCACGGCAAGUGGUUGCUACGGGAGCGACAUCCUUGCCGGCAUUGAGGCCGCCAUCGAGGACGGUGUCGACGUGAUUUCAAUGUCGUUAGGCGGGCUACCGGGUCCUUACUAUAAGGACCCGAUAGCUGUUGCAACGUUUGCGGCGAUGGAGAGGGGCAUUUUGGUCUCGUGCUCCGCGGGGAACUCCGGGCCCUACGCAGCAUCAGUCUCAAACUUGGCCCCAUGGAUUUUAACGGUCGGUGCCAGCACCAUGGACCGGGAUUUUCCGGCCGCCGUCAACCUCGGUGACGGCCGGAAAGUGGCCGGAAUUUCGUUGUAUCCCGGAAGAGGAAAGGGGAAGAAGAAAUUCGGUUUGGUGUACGGUGAGUCGUGCUCGGAACCUUCUCCGUCUUUCGCCGGGAAAAUAGUGUUGUGCGACAGAGGGGGUAGUGGGAGGGUGGAGAAGGGGUCGGUGGUUAAAAAGGCCGGCGGGAAGGGCAUGGUGCUGGCGAACACGGCGAUCGACGGCGAGCAGGUGCUGGCGGAUGCCCACUUGUUGCGGGCGCUGGCGGUGGGGAACAAAGCAGGGAACCUGAUUAGAGAGUACAUUAACAAUAACAACAGCAAGACGGCGCCGACGGCGGCGAUCACCUUCCAGGGGACGGUGGUGGGAGUUAAACCGGCGCCGGUGGUGGGGUCUUUCAGCUCGCGGGGACCUAAUUCGGUGACUCCUCAAAUAUUGAAGCCUGACAUUAUUGCCCCCGGGGUUAACAUCUUGGCUGCCUGGCCCGGUACCGUUCCGCCCACCGAACUUGUAGAGGAUAAGAGGAGGGUCCUAUUCAACAUCUUGUCAGGUACAUCGAUGUCGUGUCCCCACAUGAGCGGGCUAGCAGCGUUGCUGAAAGCAGCUCACCCGGGAUGGAGCCCGGCGGCCAUCAAGUCGGCGCUAAUGACGACCGCCUACAUGAAAGACAAUACCAACUCGUCAAUCCAGGCACAGAACGGAGUGCCUGCGACCCCGUUCGACAGAGGCGCUGGUCAUGUCGACUUUGUCAAGGCCGUCUCCCCGGGCCUCGUGUACGACAUAAGCCAAAACCAAUACCGGAUGUUCCUGUGCUCUCUCGGGUACAACGACACCCAACUCUCGCUCUUCACCACCAACCCACGCUUCCACUGUAACAAAAACACGACGUUAAAAAACCCCGGUAGCCUCAACUACCCUUCGUUCUCCGUCCUCUUUGGGGAAAAAACGAAAGUCGUCCACUACACGCGGAUAUUGACCAACGUCGGACCCGCCAAAUCCGUCUACCGUGCCUCCGUCGAAGCGCCGGCGUUUGUGACCGUGUCGGUCUCCCCGAAGGUCAUCUCCUUCAAUGAAGUGGGGGAGAGGGUGAAGUACACCGUUAGCUUUGUGCCCAAGAAGGGUGCCAAUAAAUACACCUUUGGUUCACUUACUUGGCACAACGAGCAAUACCAAGUGAGGAGUCCAAUUGCUGUGACUUGGGAGUAAAAAUUUACACACACAAUAACUUUAAUCACUUCAUUUAAUUUUGAGAUUUUUAUAUUUAUGUUUGUUGUUAUUGUAAUCCUUGUUUUAUUAAUUACUAUAUAUAAUUUCAUUUUGUAUUCACUUUGUUACUGAUCAAAGACUUCACGUAAGUUAUCAAUACAUACACUUUUGAAUUUUUAUCAUACUUUAAAAAAAGUGUAUUUUUUUCACUAAAAAACUUCACCCUCACGUUACCCUUUCUCUAGCUUUGAUUAUGUUUAAGACCGUGCUUAAGGUUUGGAUU